AUGAAAGGUACUGGAGUCCGUGUUUUCAGAGAUGAUGAUGAAAUCCAAGGAGGGCAAAACAUCAAAGACGAACUUUGGCAAGCAAUUGAGAGCUCCAAAAUCUACAUGCCCGUCUUCUCUAAGACAUACGCAUCAAGUAAAUGGUGCCUCAAGGAGCUGGCGAAGAUGACAGAGGUUACAUCCCGAUCAAAUGGAACGAAAGAGAUCCUUCCCAUUUUCUUCGACGUGAGCCCAGGUGAUGUCAAGCUUAAAACUUCACUUUACAAAAAUGAGCUAUCCAAUCAUGCGAAGAUGUAUGAAGCUGACAAAGUAAAAGCGUGGGAAAAGGCGCUCAUGGAGGUUGGCAAGCUUAAGGGAUGGAAACCGAGAAACGUAGGCCAUGGCAGACUCAUCACAUCGGUCGUUGAAGAUGUUUUAAUUAAGCUGAACAACAGAAACAAGAUUCUGACCAAACAUUUAGUGGAAGAUCGCAAGCAGGUCGACGCUGUAAUGGAACUGCUGGACAUUAAUUCUGGCGGCACUCAUUCUGUGGGAAUCCGUGGGAUUGGGGGAAUCGGCAAAACGACACUUGCGAAAGUUAUUUUCAACAAAUUAUCCCCUCACUUUGACUGCAGCAGCUUCCUCGAAAAUGUUCGAGAGAUAUCACGACGGUCAGAUGGCCUUGUGUACUUGCAGAAGAAACUCUUAUCAAGCAUUCACCGAUCAAGAAAUAAUGAACUUUAUGAUGUUGAUUGUGGGAUCGACAUGAUAAGAAGACAGCUUUCAAAUAAAAAGGUUCUCAUUGUUGUUGAUGAUAUGGAAGAGAAAGAUCUUCUGGAAAAGCUAGUUGGUGAGUGUGAUGGGCUGAAAUCUGGUAGUAGAGUCAUCAUAACCACUAGGAACUUAAGUGCCAUUCGAAAUGAACCAAAAACAAUCUUGGAUUAUGAAGUCAAGGAAAUGGAAUCCGAUCAAUCCCUUCAGUUGUUUUGUAGACAUGCUUUUGGAAAAGACUUUCCUCCAGGUGAUUAUGAAAGUCUUGCAAGGGAAAUUGUGUCUACUUUGGGGAACCUUCCGUUAGCUGUGGAGGUGAUAGGAUCUUCUCUUUCUUGCAAGCACGACAAUAGAGCUUUAUGGAUAGAAGUAUUGGAGAAGUUAAGGAAAGCUCCUUUGGGGAAAGUCCGAGAAUCGUUGAUGAUAAGUUAUGAAGAAUUAGAGAAAGAACAAAAACAAGUGUUUCUGGAUAUAGCAUGCCUUUUUGUCCAGGAAGAUAAAACUUACCCAAUUUUCAUGUGGAGUGAUUGUAACUACUAUCCUAAUUAUGCAAUUGAUGUCCUUCUUCAUAGGUCCCCGAUAAAAGUUGAAAGCGAUAGCAAAUUCCGGAUGAAUGACCAAGUACGAGACCUUGGAAGGCACAUUGUCCAGGAAGGGGAUUAUGGCAAAAAGCUGAAAGCUUUAGACCUGAGAAACUGCAAAUGCUUAACAAGGACACGACUUGUCAAACUUCGUGGAGUUGGAGAUAUUGAUACUCGCUGGCUGCUCCAGAUCUUGGACUUGUCAUGUACUCGUAUUUCCGGAUUGCCAGCCACAAUCACUUAUCCAUCUCACCUAGAAGAGUUACAUGUCCGGGAUUGUAGGGAUCUUACGGGUGAAAUCCCAGAUGCAAUUGGCAGACUAUCCUGCUUGAGGGUCUUGGACUUCUCUGGUACUUGUAUUUCUGGUUUGCCUGCCACGAUCAGUUUUCUCCCUUGCCUUAAAGAACUUGGGUUGAAGGAGUGUGAGGAGCUUCGACUAGUGCCAAAGCUUCCCUCUAGUUUGAUAAGCCUUGUCCUUGAUGCUUAUCAUUGUGAAAUCAUCCCAGACCUCUCGAACUUAGUUACUUUAGAUCACUUGGACUUGUCCUUUCAUAGGUAUAAGCUCAAGGCUCCUUACCAGUUAGAGGAACUUCUGUCCCCUUGGAAGAUUGUAGAAUCCAUUCACCAGCUUCCAUCUAGUUUGUCAACCUUGCAUCUCACGGAUAUACCACCACCGCAGCAAUUUUCCAACUUCAUGAACCUGUCGAGUCUCUCCAUUUCUAGCUGCUCAAUGGCACAUCUCCCAGAGCUUGAACACUUGAAGAAGUUAAGGGAAUUGUCCAUAAAAGUGUGUCCAUCCCUCGAGAGAAUACCAGAUCUAUCAUGCUUGAAGAGUCUAGAAACCUUGUAUUUGUCUGAGCUAGGAAGUCUUGUUGCGAUACAAGGUCUGGAGGAGUUGGAAUCCUUGGAGUCACUACAGAUCAUCUGCUGUGAGUCAUUAGAAGGAUUACCUCAACUAUCGAAGUUGGUAAAGCUCAAAUCUUUUGAGCUACACGAUUGCCACGUGUUACAAGCCAUCGAGGGUCUCGGUUGCUUACAACGUUUGAAGCAUUUGACUAUUCUGGGUUGCGUGACCCUGAAACGGUUGCCUGAUUAUCCGAGGUCCACCAAGCUAGACACUGAUUGGAAAGAACCAGAAACAUCAAGUGCUGAUUAG